AUGAGUUGGAGUUUACUUACUCGUCUACUGGAGGAAAUUCAUAACCACUCCACAUUCGUAGGCAAGAUCUGGCUCACUGUCCUCAUUGUCUUCCGCAUCAUGCUAACAGCCAUAGGAGGCGAGUCCAUCUACCAAGAUGAGCAGAGCAAGUUCGUCUGCAACUCAGGCCAACCGGGCUGUGAGAAUGUGUGCUAUGAUGCCUUCGCACCACUCUCACAUGUCCGUUUCUGGGUCUUCCAGAUCAUCCUGGUGGCCACACCUUCACUCAUGUACCUGGGCUAUGCUGUCAACAAGAUCACCCGGGCUGAGGAGCAAACAGACAGUGGGGGAGUAAAUAGUUCAUCCCAGCAGAAACCAAAGGACUACCUAGGGGCCAGGAGGCAGCAUAAGGGCACUGAGGAGGCAGAGCAUAACCAGGAGGAGGACCCUAUGAUCUAUGAAAUGGCCGAAGUAGAGAGCAAUGAGGGUGGAGCAGCAGGAGGAGGCAACAGUGGUGUACGAGGAAAAUUCAAGGUGCGCCAUGAUGGGCGCCAGCGUAUUAAGGAGGACGGGCUGAUGCGCAUUUAUGUCCUACAGCUCUUGGCCCGAUCUUUGCUGGAGGUUGCCUUUCUGUGUGGACAAUAUGCCCUCUAUGGCCUGGCAGUGCCUGCCACCUAUGUGUGUUCGGGCCAGCCUUGCCCACACAGUGUUGACUGCUUUGUGUCACGGCCCACCGAGAAAACCAUCUUCCUACUCAUUAUGUACGCCGUGUCACUGCUCUGCCUUGUACUCAAUGUAUGGGAGAUGCUUCACUUGGGCAUGGGCACCAUCUGUGACAUUUUGCGCUCCCGUCGUGAGCCACUCCCUGAAGACGACCUUUACAGAUUGACAGGUGGACCUGGUGCUCUCAAUGAGGUAGGAGUGGGAGAAUUAAUCAGAGAGACUUAUGGUAGCUACCCCUUCUCUUGGAAUGCACCUUCAGCUCCACCAGGUUACAACUUCCCUGUCAAGCCUCCUGUGGUGUAUAGUGAACACCAUGAUGAGCCACUACCCAUUACUGACCUCAGUAGUGCCAAGAUGGUGUGCCGGCAGAACCGCGCCAACAUAGCCCAGGAGGAGCAUGAGCAGUAUGCCAGCAAUGACGACAACCUGACCAGAGGUGGUGUAGGCAAUGCCCAUGGAGUUCUUCAGAAAGAGAUUCGUGAGGCACAGAACCGGCUUGAGGCUGCCCUUCAGGCCUACAGCCAGCAGCAGGACAACAAUCAUACCCACAAGCCCCACCGAGAGCGCAAGCACAGGCAGGCUUCUAAGCACACCAUAAGCAAGACAGACAGAGAUAGAGGCAACAGUAGCAACAGUAGCAGCUGCAAAUUUGGACAGAGUAAAGGUUCAGAGUGGAUUUGA